CACCGUCCGGUGCAGGUUGGGAAGUCGCCGGCCGCGCUCUGGACGUGCCUUCCGCAGCUGCACUUCACCUUCCGUGUCCUCUGCUUCGUCCUCUUCGCGUCCUUCAUCGCCUUUGUCUCGCCGCCCGUGAGGCGAUUUUUGCUUUCUCUUCUGCUGCCUUCUUCCUACGCUUAUCCUUUCUGCGGCUGUCCGGCGCCCCUGUCGUUUUCCUAGGUGUGGAAAUAUCUUUCUACUUUCAGCCUCCCUGCAUACGAGCCCGUUGCAUUCGUCAUCCUUUAAGAAGAUCCUGCCAUAAACUUGAGUGACUGGUCAACACGUCCUGAGGAAUAGAGCAUCGCGAAACGAAUAGAGGAGCCCAAUGGCACCGCCGUCUUGUACCUGGGCGCUCUCCACUCUUGCCCUGGCAAUCUACUGUGGGUUAUCCGCCGCAGAACCCGGCGUGGUCAGUCUAAAGUUCUCCAAGCGCGAGAUCACCAACCCUGAGGACUACGCGCUGAAACUACGGCGACGAGCAAGCACGGCGCAGGCCACCAUCUAUAACGCCGAAGGCAAUGUUCUCUAUCUUGUCAACACCACCGUGGGCACCCCGCCCCAGGACCUCGCCCUGCAGCUGGACACGGGCAGCAGCGACAUUUGGAUCCCAUCGGCGUCGUCAUUGAUAUGUACAAGCGCAAGUAACCGCUGCUCUAACGGCGCAUACAACAGCUCUGCGUCUUCCACAUUUGAAGACGUGCUACGGAACAAAUUCUCCAUCUCGUACGUGGACGGCACUCAAAUUGGGGGCGAUUACAUCAACGAGACGUUCGGCAUCGCCGGCGUCACCAUCAAGCAGAUGACCAUGGGCCUGGCCGAUCAGGCGCAGGAGCCCAAUGCCGACGACACUACCCCUUUUCAAGGUAUUGUGGGAGUCGGCUUCGACGCCGGCGAGGCUAUUGUGGCUCAGACAGACGGCCAGUAUGGUUAUCCAAAUGUAAUCUCGCAGAUGAAGCUGCAGGGGAUAAUUAGCACGCGUGCGUAUAGUCUGUGGCUCAACGACCUCGAGUCGCCCGAGGGCAAUAUCCUGUUUGGUGGCAUUGAUAACGACAAGUUCGAGGGCGAUCUCACUAUCCUGCCUCUGCAGUCGGACUCGCAGACCGGUGCAAUCGACUCUUUCACCGUCACCUUCGCCGGGCUCAACAUCACUGGUGCUGGCGGCAAAACCGUUUACACUGCUCAGACAACCACUCCUGUCAUCCUUGAUUCUGGCACUACCUUGACCUACCUGCCGGACGACAUCGCCAACGCUAUUGCGCAAGGCGUUGGCGCGGUCAACAAUUAUGAUUACGGAGUCGUCGUACCCUGUGAUCUCGCCUCAACCGCUGGCCAAUUCCUCUUCCAGUUUGGCAACACGGACAACGGUCCGAUCAUCAAGGCCGAGAUCUCGCAGUUCGUACUGCCAUUCCCCUCCGACAUUGUCUCACCCAAGUUUCGGAAUGGCAAGACAGCCUGCCGCUGGGGCAUCCAGGGCUCGGGUCAAGACCCCAACUUGUUCGGUGACACGUUUCUGCGAUCCGCCUAUGUCGUCUACAACAUCGACGGCAACCAGGUCGGUAUCGCGCAGACUACCUUCAACUCCACUUCCCAGGACAUCAAGCAGAUCACUGCCGUUAGCUCCCUUCCUGGUGCAAGCUCCACUGCAUCCGGCAGCGCGCAACAGACUCGCACUGGUCCUAUCUACAACACAGACGGCUUCGGUGGCGUCUUGGGUGGUGCAUCCACCGCCGUUGCAACUGCAGGAACGGGAACCUUCGACCUGGGCACCGCAUCCUCGACUGGGUCUAGCGGCUCGUCGACAUCCUCGUCAAGCUCAACCAAAGGCGCCGCCUCGACUGUGCACCCUCCGUCGACGCCGUUUGUGGGUGCCAUCGCUGCAGGCGUCUCUGUCCUGUUUGCUCUCGUCGGGGGGUCCAUGCUCAUCCUCUUGUAGAACACCCCCUCCAGACCUGAGGUCAGAAGGGCAAAAAUCUGGAAAAGGAAAUUCAGAAAAUGCAGGAACAAAAGCAUGGAAUAAUGAACCGGUUAUGAUGGGCAUAGCUAGCGUUUUUUUACAUCUUAUCCCCUCAAUGUUUCGGCUUCGACUGCUGGACCUGCAUCACGUAAUGACAAAUACGUUUCAUGAUCUUUCUUUGCCCCCCUUUAUUUUAAGAAAAAAAGAAUAUGAUUCAAGGCCCGCCUUAUAUUGGCGUUCAUCGCCAGUCUUCUUUGAACGUUCUGCUUUAAGACAAUCUGCAUAUAGGGGUGGGGGUCUGCGGCUCGAACUCGAGCUCUAGCUCGAGUAUGUAAACCGAUAUGGCGGUUAGGAAUCCGGUCACAAGGGCACGUAAGGCUGAUUCAAAUGUCCUUUGUGAUGGAGCUUCAGUUCUGCUCAAUAACAUACAACGCGGAUCCUGUAAUGGGGAAUCCUUUAGCAUGACAAGAAGACAAGGAAAAAGAGCAUGCCCGAGCAAGAUAAGAAGCGCUUUGGCGCAUUUGUCUAAGGGGGAUCCUGCAGAGGUCUCAUUAUACGCGGAUGACGGUGGCCCUAAUGAAAUCACCUAUAUUGACUGUGAUGCUCGUUU